CAAUUGCUUGGUCAUGGAAUCUCUGAUAUUGCUAGAAAACUUCAUAUACCCAAAUGCCACAUCCAAGCGAGUACGUAUGACGCUGGCAUGUGAGCGUUGUAGGUCAAAGAAAGUCAAAUGCGAUUUCGGUCAUCCUACUUGCCGCCGAUGUGACCUUGCCAAAGCCCAAUGUUCCUAUGCGGGAUCGUCCACCCAGAUCGAUCUAUUCAAUCUAGCUCAGUUAAAUGAUACAAUUGGGGAAUUACAAGAGCGCAUGUCAUCUAUUGAGCGUGCAAUGCAACAGAUCCAGACCCAAACUCAAUUCAUCGCAGAUACUAUGCGAAAAGCUAAAGAAGAUGCCCAUCCACCGCCAUCAACACCUUCGCCACCACAAAUCUCCCAAAAUAAGCCAGAUAGCGCUUUGUCAACGAUGAACGCCAAUUGGUCACUCUCCUUAACACCCCAAGGACUUCGUAUAGACACCGCCAUCUGAGUC